CUUUCAAAUUAUAUGUAAACAGUUGAAGAGAUAUUGAACCAACAGGUGAAUAUAUCACUAAAUUUUUUCCAUGGCUGAAGAGUUUCUGACUGGGAUUUGUGGCGAUACAUGGUGGAAUUCAUCAAGAGGCUCCUUUUCCCCAUGUUCAGCAUCUCAUAUGGGGAGCUUUCCUUGGUCUAAUAGUGAUAUGGUUGAUUUUAAAACAACAACAAGUUCUUGUGAAGAAUCAAAUUAUUCUGUUUCUGCUGAUAUCUCCAUCGUUUUCCAAAGUGCUCUAAAGCCUCAGAACACUGAUUCAGAUAAUGGAGGCAGCAGUAUUUUGAUGGACGCCAACUUGCAAAUGAGGAGUUUUGGCCUUUCUUCCUCCUCUACUAAUUGGAACCAAGCCUUUCUACAGGAAGGAGGGGUGGACAUUUCUCAUCAAAUUCAAAAGGAUUGGAGUCCAAAGAAUUUUGCUUGUGAAGCCGAAGAUUCCUCCACCAAUCCCUUUACGUCCGUUAAUGAAGACUUUUCUUUAGAUCAACCGCAACUCAAGUCUGCCACCAACUCGGAUAACUCUACAGACUUUUCCACCGCUUUCUCCAUGGCUUCACCAACUGCUUCAUAUGGGUUCCCUACACCAACGUUGCAUAAUUUGUUUGAACAGCCUCUUUUCAACAACCCCUCAAUCAGCAAUUUGUCUUCACCAAAUUAUGGGACAAAUUCUAAUGAAUUAUCACCAAGAUUUGUUCCCAGUACCUUGUUAAAACAAUCAUCACCAAAACAGCAACCAAAUAGCGUGCACUUCCCCGACUGCACUCCCUUUUGUAACACCUCCGCUACUUCUUUAAAUGUUCUUAAAGCUGGGUUUAUUCCUUCUUCCCCCUCACAAUUUCUCACACCAUUACUUGAAGAGAAACCCAAUUGUCACAGCCUCAAUACUAAGUCUAACAAUGAAGAAGUUCGAGACUCGGCAGGGUCUUUGGUGAAGAAAGUGAUCGGUGAACCUGCAAUGAAAAGGCCUCGAAUUGAAACACCAUCUCCAUUACCCACUUUUAAGGUUCGGAAAGAGAAGCUAGGGGACCGAAUAACUGCACUCCAGCAAUUGGUUUCACCCUUUGGAAAGACUGAUACAGCAUCUGUUCUCCAUGAAGCUAUUAACUAUAUCAAGUUCCUCCAUGAUCAAGUUGGUAUUUUAAUUACUCCUUACAUGAAGCAAGAAACUUGGGUUCAACAACAACAGAACAGUGAUAUAGUGAACGAGGCAGAAGUGGGAAAACAAGAUCUGAGGAGCCGAGGACUUUGUUUGGUGCCAAUUUCGAGCACAUUCCCAGUUGCUAACGCGGCAACAGCUGAUUUUUGGACGCCAACAUUUGGAGAAACUUUCUGGUAGAAGAGAAGACAGGAUCGAGAUUAAGUAAUUAAAGUGGGUCUACAAAAGCAUGAAGCGAUUCUCUACCACUAAUUAAAUAUCAAACAAGCCAAUUCCAAAUUGAUAACCAGUAUUAAUUAAAAAGAAAGAUAACUGAAAACUUACCAGUUGUGAGCAAAUGCUAUAGGAAGCAAAGAGAGAAAAAGGAGUGAUCCUUCAAGGAUGGACAAACAAUGCUAAGCCAGCUACGAGCAGAAUGAUGAAAGGUAGAAAAUGAUUAGAAACAGCUUAAAAAAGAAAAUUUAUGACAAAUAUUUUGUAUAUAUAGUUGUUUGCCAUAAUGAAAGUAUCAUUAUAUUUAUAAAAUCUGAUCGGCAGGUGGGAUAGGGACAGGAACAGGUGCUAAAUUCAUCGAAAAUAUACAUUAGCUUAGAGAUAAUUGUUGCUGCUGUUGUUAUAAUAGCAGCUGAAUUUAGCAGAUGGGUGAAUGAAAGGGAUUUUGUUCCUGUUGGUUUGUGUAUAGCUAUAGCUAGCUAUCGCUGCCGCUGGCACUACCUUUUAUCAUUUAGGGAAAAGAAGAUGGUGAAAUAGUUAAGUGACUAAUAUUAUUGUAUCGAAA